AUGGCAUCAGAAGAAAUACUAUCCAAGACAAUUAAUAUUUAUCAUGAUGUAGAAUAUAAAGCAGUACCUCUCUUAGAAAUGAGAAAAAAUGUUCCUAAACAUCUUUUCAAUUACAACAAUCUAACAAAUCAUAAAGAGGUUUUGGUUAUUGCAGAUACAAAUAAUGGUAGUACGAAAAUUAUAAACAUAACAACAGGUCAUUAUUUUGUUAUAACACGAAAAUGCAAUAAGUCAGCAGAUGCUUUGACACUUUAUGGAGAUGAACAGUAUAAAUUUAGUGCUGCUAUAAUAUCAGGUCACCCUGUAUAUAAAACAUCUAUUGAUGAAAUUGACUUAGAGGAGUUUAAAGCAGAAUUAGAAAAGCACAGGGUUGUGAAUUCUUUGCUUUGA